AUGUCUCCUCACUCUGCUGCAACCACCACCAAUGACCUCGUCAACGAGUAUGCCGAUAUCAUCAAGGGCAAAACAAUUCUCACAACAGGUGUCACACCCAACAGUCUCGGCGCAACCUUCAUCCUAGAAACCGCCUCCAAGUCUCCAUUUCUCCUCAUCCUUGCAGGCCGCAAUGCCUCCAAACUCCAAGAAAUGUCUGAAGCCAUCACCAAGACCAACCCCUCCAUCAAGACCCGCUCUCUUGUGGUAGAUCUAGGCUCUUUGGCUUCAGUGCGAAAGGCUGCCGAAGAAGUCAACGGCUGGAGUGACGUGCCUAGCAUUGAUGUCGUUGUCAACAAUGCUGGAGUCAUGGCUAUUCCAUACACCAAGAGUGUGGAUGGCUAUGAGAUGCAGUUUGCUAUUUGCCAUCUUGGACAUUUCCUUUUGACGAACUUGAUUAUGGAUAAGAUUCUUGCUUCGGAGUCACCCCGUGUUGUCAACAUCUCGAGCAAUGGCCACAGUCUUGGUCCUAUUCGCUUCGCCGAUCCUCACUUCAGUGACGGCGAGCUUUACGACCAAUGGACUGCCUACGGUCAAUCCAAGACUGGCAAUAUGCUCUUCUCUAUAUCUUUGGCUCAAAAACUAGGAAGCCGUGGUCUCCAAUCUUACAGUGUUCAUCCCGGCCUCAUUCUGUCAACUGGUCUCGGUACACAUCUAGACUUUGCCAGCAUGGACGCUGAUCUCGGCACUUUCAUCAAAUCUCACCGUGAACGUGGAAACUCUGAAGGAUGGACAGCUAUCCCCCCUGUUCCUGUCGAAGUCGGUGCUGCGACACAUGUAUUCGCUGCUUUCGACCCCAACAUCAAAGCAAGCAACGGCGCUUGUCUCUUGGAGGCGAGGGUCGCUGAUCCUUUUGUUGAUACUGUCAAGGCUUGGGCGCGAGAUGCUAUUGAGGCUGAGAAGUUGUGGAGGUUGAGUGAGGAUCUUGUUGGGCAGAAGUUUGGAUACUAA